GAAAAAAAUCUUAAAGAGGGAGAGACAAAGAGAGUCUGAAGAAGAAGAAGGGAAGAUGGAACGUGGUAAUGGCCAUGGUAUUGGUAGCGGUGGCGGUUUUCAUGGUUAUCAGAAGCUUGCCAAGUCAAACUCUACUGGGACUAUGCUGUCAAACGAGAUUGAUGUCAACUCGACCUGCACUGUACGAGAACAGGAUCGAUACAUGCCGAUUGCGAAUGUGAUUAGGAUUAUGCGCAAGGUUCUACCAAGCCAUGCAAAGAUAUCUGAUGAUGCUAAGGAGACAAUCCAAGAAUGUGUCUCUGAAUACAUCAGUUUCAUAACAAGUGAAGCGAAUGAUCGUUGCCAGAAGGAACAGCGUAAGACGAUCACAGCUGAAGAUGUUUUAUGGGCUAUGAACAAAUUGGGUUUCGAUGAGUACAUUGAACCACUCAAUCUUUACCUUCAACGUUAUCGUGAGUUUGAAGGUGAACGUGGGUCGAUUCGAGGUGAUCCGUUGGUGAAACGCGGCGGGAUAGAUUUAUCCCCCUUCACAAAUGGUUAUGGGCAUGCUGCUGCAUUUCAUAUGGCAGCUGCACAUCAUUUUCAUCAGGCUGGGUUCUAUGCUGCUGGACCACCACAAUUGCCUGGUGGAGGAUCGGUGUCGGAAGCAGCUAGUGAUUAUUUGAGAGAUGGGUCAGCUGGUGUUAACUCUGGUCAUCAAUCUACAUCUGCCAUGUCUGCUGCUUUUGAACCAUAUGCACCUUACAAGUGAUGAGGAUAAUAUCGCCUACAACUCCCCCGUGAAAAUGAGGGAGAAAAUUAGGACAUAUAAUACAUUAUAGGCUAUGGUAGAUGUGCCUCUCUAGGUGGCGAAGCUGUUGUAGGCCAUCAGUGGUUAAAACUUGUCGACAUUUUAAUUUACUGGAUUGGAAAAAAAUCGGUAAGAGGGCUAUUAUAAAUGUGGGGUUUGGCUGGGGUCAAAUUUAACCAGAAGAAGUAAACAUGGAUCGUGGUAUGGUUCUUUAGUUUUCUUUCAAUAUGCAUUUGCUUUUGGUUUUGCUAGUUACUGUGGGUUUCAUACUUGCAUUUGCUUUUGGUUUUGCUAGUUACUGUGCGUUUCAUACUUGUUGGUUAUCUUAUGCCUAGUUGCAAUUGCAUUUCGUAUUC